AUGACAUCAAAUACGCUUCCGCAGACAAUGCGCGCCGCCCAAUGGCGCACCAUGAAAUCCGGCAUCGAUAAGUCUCUAACUCUAAAUCCAAGCGCAAAUCUUCCCGCAAAUGCCAGGUCCCUCUCAAAAGGCCAGAGUCUGGUCAAAGUCGCAUACGCCUCGAUCAACCACCUGGACUACAAAGUCGCCGAAAUGCCAUUCUCCAGUAUGCUUUUCACAAAGCCCGUCACGCCAGGUCUAGAUUACUCCGGCACAAUCGUCUCUACUACACUCGAUGACCUGAAGGCUGGACGGAAAGUGUUUGGAAGAACAGAGUUACCUACUGGCGGCACAUUGGCAGAAUAUGUCGUCGUGGACGAGAAAGGUAUCGCUGCCGUACCUGAUGGUGUGUCGAUGAGCGAUGCUGCUUGUAUUGGUAUUUGCGGAACUUCAACUGUUCAAUCUCUCAUGCCGUUCGUUGAACGUGGCGGUAGGGUGUUUAUUAAUGGCGGUAGUGGUGGCGUUGGUGUGUUUGCCAUCCAGGUGGCUAAGACCCUAGGCGCUCACGUCACGGUCACUUGUUCAGCUUCCAAUGCUGAUUUCUGCCAUUCUCUGGGCGCUGGUGAAGUUAUUGACUACGAAUCUCAGAACGUAUUGGAAAUUUUGAAGAACGGAGAGGAGGCAUUUGAUCUAGUAUACGACACAAUCUUCAGCGAUACCAAUCUCUACUGGCAGUCACACCACUACCUUAAACCAGAGGGAAAAUACAUCUGUGUCGGCUUUCCACCUACUUUCAGCUUUUACAAAACUUUGAUGAGCAUCAAGCUUCUACCAGGAUGGUCAGCUGGUGGAAAGCGGCCGUUCAAAUUCCACUCCGUCGUGGCGAACAGGAAGGACUUUGGACAAAUUGCGGAAUGGAUCAGAGAUGGAAAGGUCAAGAUUGUGAUUGAAGAGGAGUUCGGAUUGGAGGAUGCGGGUAGGGCCUAUGGGAGAUUGAAGGAGGGGAGGACGAGAGGGAAGUUGGUGGUUCGUGUAGGCGGAGAGCUUGAUGGCGGAGAGUGA